UCCUCCAGACUCCGAGGACUGCAGCCAUUGUUGUAAAGAUGUUUGGAUCUGUGCUGCUCUGCUUCCUCAUGGCAAGCCUCUCGUCCUCACUGGUGCAUGAGAACCUGCAGCUGGACCCAGGACAAGUUCCAUCAUCCCGCCUCCAGAACCCUGCUUAUCUGCCGGACCUGGAGAGAGACCGCGCUCCCGAAGGCGGCCAGAGCCCCUCCCGCCUGGCCGACGACUCCGUCGAGGAGCGACUCCUGAUGGACGUGGCCUCCUACGAGGACUCGCUGGGGUCCUCGCCGCUGCAGGGCCGAGCCAUGCGGUCGCCCCGCCGCUGCGUCCCCCACCAGCAGUCGUGCCUCGGCAUGCCGCUGCCCUGCUGCGACCCCUGCGACACCUGCUACUGCCGCUUCUUCAACGCCAUCUGCUACUGCCGCCGCGUCGGCCACGCCUGCCUGCCACCACGCACCUGAGGAGCUCGGCUUCGUCACUCUGGAGUCCGGUGUAAAU